AUGGCUCGGCACAAGGACUCUCGCUCACCAUCGCCAGCAGGAAGCCAGCACUCCUCGAAACGAAUCAAACGGGAGGAAGAUGUCAGAAGAGAUCGGGAUAGGAGAGAUGAGGUCCGCCCACAGCGGCGGCGAAGUCGGUCGCGAAGCCUCGACCGUCGCCACCGAGACCGUGAUAUACACAGACGCAGAGAUCGAUCACUAGACCGCAGAGAAGAAGAUUAUCAUCGCUCCGGAAGACGAGACCGAUCAAGAGAUCGACGAGACCGAUUCGACCGGGAACGCUCUCCAGAUCGGCGACGGCGCAGAAGUCGCGAGCGGGACUAUCGAGAGAGGCGAGACGAAUCUUAUGACAAGGCACGAAGGCGCCGCGAGAAUUCUACUGACUCGAGGCCCCGUAGCAGAGGUGAUGGCAAUUUUGGAAAACCAUCCGGUAAAUCGGAUAAUGUCAGAAGCAGCGAACCCGUAAAGCCAUCAGCCCCCCCCGUGCAGACCGAGGCCGAGAAGAAGGCCGAACGCCAAAAGAAGCUGGAAGCAUGGAAGAAGAAGAUGGCAGAGGACAAGGAACGAAGAGAGCAAGAGCUUGCAGCUGGAGGUACCCGCAAGCUCUUAGACGAAAUCGAUCAAAAAGCCGCUGCCUCCACUGCAAUUGGGUCUCCAGCCUCACCAGGAACGCCGACGAGCUCUGCACCACCCGCUCCUUAUGCCGGUAAAUUCGAUCCAAAAGCAAUAGCAAAGAAAGCUGUGGCCAGCUCGACUUCUGCAAACACUCUGGGCAAGGAUCUACCGCUCAACGAGCUAACCAAAGCGUCCGCUACCUUAACCUCAGUGAAAGGACUACAAGCUGACAAGAAGAUCACAGCCCUCAGCAGUACAUCCCAAGGUAAAGUUUUGAUACCAGUGAUUAAAGACCAACGCCUUGCUGACAUUGCGAUGAUAGCAUCUGCAUUGCCUAAGGCAAGGGCAAAUCUCAAUGCAUUCGGACUUGGUGCGAAGUCUGCCUUUGACAACGAGAAGCCGACUUCUACUAAGCGAGCGUUAGAUUUCGGGGAAGAUGAAGAUGCGAGGAAAAAACUAGAAAAGCUACCAACCCUACCUCUAGCAAAUCUCGAAAAUGAUGAUGCUGCGCUCGCUAACGGUGCUGAGGGAGAGGACGACGACGACGAUGUCAAUAUGGAAGAUGCAGGAACCGAAGAAGAAGCUGCCGCUGCUGCCCGCGCUGCUGCGGAGAAGCGAAGUCUGGCCAACAUGGAAGAGCCUACGGAUGAAUCUGUGAAGACCGUUCCGCAUGGUGAUGUCAACACGGAACAGUCUAAAGCUAUGCAGCCUGAGCAGACACCAAUGGAAGAGCAGGAUGAAGUCGAUCCACUAGAGGCGUUUAUGGAUGAGCUAGGAGAUCCAUUUUCCGCACCGAAGCCCACCAACUCUUUCAACCGGAGCCAAAGCAAGAGUCAAAAACGCGAACCUGAACCAUUGUUUGGCGACGAUGAAGUUGAUUUAAAAGCAGUGGAAGCAGAUCCUGAUGACAUCCUCGCAAUGGCAAGUAAGGCCAGGAAGAAGAAGGACUUGCCUACUGUGAAUUAUGCAAAGCUGGAUCUGGAACCCGUCCGAAAGAAUUUCUACGCCGAGCCGGCCGAGCUUGCAGACAUGACUGAGGCCGAGCUUGCGGAUCUUCGCCUCGAACUUGAUGGAAUCAAAGUCGCCGGCAAGGACGUUCCAAAACCUGUGCAGAAAUGGUCUCAAUGUGGUCUCAACGUUCAGUCCUUGGAAGUAAUUCGGAAACUGGGAUACGAACGGCCGACAGCGAUCCAGAUGCAGGCUAUACCAGCUAUCAUGUCCGGAAGAGAUGUGAUUGGUGUAGCGAAGACUGGCUCUGGUAAGACUAUCGCUUUUUUGCUUCCAAUGUUCCGCCACAUUCGAGAUCAGCGACCGCUGGAAGGCUCAGAUGGCCCAGUCGGCCUGAUCGUGACUCCAACACGAGAACUUGCUACCCAGAUCCACAAAGAGUGCAAACCGUUCUUGAAAGCUAUGGGCCUACGCGCUGUGUGCGCCUACGGUGGAGCACCAAUCAAGGACCAGAUUGCCGAUCUUAAGAGAGGCGCCGAAAUUAUAGUUUGCACUCCUGGAAGAAUGAUAGAUCUUCUUGCUGCUAAUUCUGGCCGGGUUACAAACCUACGUCGGGUUACCUACGUCGUUUUGGACGAGGCCGACCGUAUGUUCGACAUGGGGUUUGAACCUCAGGUCAUGAAGAUUUUCGCGAACAUUAGGCCGGACCGACAAACUAUCCUAUUUUCUGCGACAAUGCCUCGCAUUAUGGACGCACUGGCAAAGAAGACCCUUCAAUCCCCUGUUGAGAUCACAGUAGGUGGAAGAAGUGUUGUCGCUCCAGAAAUUACCCAACUGGUCGAAGUUCGCGAGGAGAAACAGAAAUUCCAUCGUUUACUAGAGCUUUUAGGAGAACUAUACAACAAUGACGAGGAUGCCCGUACUCUCAUAUUCGUCGACAGACAAGAAAAGGCAGAUGAUCUGUUAAAAGAUCUGAUGCGCAAAGGAUAUCCUUGUAUGUCUAUCCACGGUGGCAAAGACCAGAUCGAUAGAGACUCUACCAUUGAUGACUUCAAGGCUGGUGUUGUGCCAAUUAUGAUCGCUACCUCCGUUGCUGCUCGAGGCUUGGAUGUGAAGCAGCUGAAACUCGUGGUCAACUUCGAUGCUCCGAAUCAUUUGGAGGAUUAUGUUCACAGAGCUGGCCGAACAGGUAGGGCUGGUGCCAAGGGCACGGCAGUAACCUUUAUUACUGAAGAUCAGGAGCAGUACUCGGUUGGUAUCGCCAAAGCUCUCGAGCAAUCUGGCCAGCCCGUACCGGAGCGUCUCAAUGAGAUGAGAAAGUCCUUCAGAGACAAAGUCAAGACAGGCAAAUCCAAAGACAGCUCUGGCUUUGGUGGCAAAGGUUUAGAACGACUUGAUGCCGAACGGGAAGCUGCCAGGAAUCGGGAACGGAAAACUCACAAGACAGACGGUGACGAUGACGAGGAGAAAGAAGACAAGACUAGUGACGAAGAAAUUCUACUCAAGGCUGCCUCUACUGUUCAACCCGCUUCUACAGCUGCUGCGCCCCAGCUGCAUGGAGUCCCCAAGGGUAUUGAUCUGGAUGGAAAAAUCACAGUCCACCGAACCGAGACCGCAGUAUCAUCUGGAGGUGGCUCCAAGAACCCGUUGGACAAAGUGACUUCUGCUAUCGAUGCUAUCAAUGCCCGAUUGAACAAGACUGGCCAACUUCGGUCUGGUGUCCCGAUUGACAAUAAAGGGCCUGACGCUGGUGCCUUCCAUGCCACGCUGGAGAUCAACGAUUUCCCUCAAAAAGCAAGAUGGGCUGUCACCAAUAGAACGAACGUCGCCAAGAUUCUGGAAGCAACCGGCACGUCUAUCACCACUAAGGGCAGCUUUUAUCCCGCCGGUAAGGAAGUACAGGCAGGUGGGGAUCCCAAAUUGUAUAUUUUGGUGGAGGGCGAUACCGAGGUUGUGGUCACCAACGCUAUGCGGGAGUUGAUGAGAUUGCUGAAAGAGGGUACUAUGGCUGCUGCAGACGCAGAAGGCAGAGCGCCUGCCAGUGGUAGAUACACCGUCACAUAG